GGGCCGUGGCCGAGCGUGAUCCGGCCGGGCUGGGCGCCCCGAUAACAUCAGCGGGGCAGAGGCGGAGGUGAGGGUGUGACUGAAACUCCUGCCUGGUCACAUGGGGAAGCCACGGCAGGAACCGGGGCGGCCGAGCCCGGGUGCCGAGGAGGCAGCAGGCGGCCGAGAUGGAGGUGGAGAAACCCCCAGCGGCAGCCGAGACGCCAACGCUGCUGAAGACCUACAAAUGGCGAACGGCAGCACCCAUGGGUGACCGGGAACCCGAGCGGGGCACGGGGUCCCCGGGCAGCCGGCGCUGGACCCGGCUGCAGGGCUGGAAGCGUUCCUACAGCCAACCCGAAUCCGACGGCCCCGACGAUGGGGCUGGGAAGGGGGCACCCAAAGCCAGCACCCGCCGGUCCCUCUUCCAGCGGGCUUUCUCGGCCCCCUCCAAGGUGGCCAAGGAGCCACGGAGCCCCGAAGGUGGCAAGGCCACCCUGCAGAAGUAUUUGCGCUCCAUGUCCAAGAGAAAGGGCCACGGGGACAGCGGUGCCAGGGCUGAGCGGGCGCACCGCGACGCUCUGCCAACCCCGGAGAGCACCCACAGCGCCCCGACAGCCCCGCUGGCUCCGGCACCCGAUGCGCCAGUGUGGGACGUCUCCAACUUCUCGCUGGUGGACGGGCACCUGAUCCACGUGGGCAGGGAUGAAGAGGCUUCGUGCAGGAGCAGGAACCGGACCGGGAGCUCCGAGAGCACCAACCUGCACCCAGCGGGUGGCAGGAGGGACACCGACCCGGCCACGGAGGAGAGAAACACACGGGCAGCAGGGAAAGGCACCGACAGCGACGCUUCGGUCACCUCCCAGUUCAGCAAUGUCAAGGGCCUGCUGUGGAAGCGGCUCCGGGAUCGGAAAGGGCGCGCAGUGCCCAAAACCGAGACGACGGCGGUGGCUGAUGGCGAGAGGACCCCGAGCCAGAGCGGUUCGCGCGAGUCCCUGCUGCCCCCGCCGAGCGCCGCCGAGCUGGACCUCACCGGGGACAACGUCAUCAUCCGGCCCGUGCACGGCAGCAUCGUGGGGGAGAAGUUCUGCUUCCAGAUCAUCACCGCUGAGGGCAGCCGCUCCUUUGGCUGCACGUCCUUGGCUGAGCGCGACCGCUGGAUCGAGAACCUGCGCCGAACCGUGCAGCCCAACAAGGAUAACUGCGAGCGGCUGGAGCUGGCGCUGAGCCUGUGGGUGUACGAGGCGCGGGACCUGCCACCCCGGCGCCACCUCCGCUGCCACCUCCUCCUGGACGGCGCGCUCUUCGCCCGUACCACCGCCAAGGUGGCCGGUCCCGACGGCGAGCUCUUCUGGGGCGAGCUCUUCCAGCUGGCCGCCCUGCCGCCCGCCCGCGCCCUCACCCUCGCCCUGUGCCGCGAUGACCAGGGCCACCCCUGCCAGACGGUGGCAUCUGUCACCGUCCCCUUGGCAGAGCUGGCGGCCGCCCGGCAGCCCCUGGAGCGCUGGUACCCGCUGGGCGGCCACGGCAGUGGCGAGCGGGCGCCAGCGGUGCGGGUGCGCGGGCGGUACCGGGAGGUGCGGGUGCUGCCCAUCGUGCGCUACAAGGAGUUGGCCGAAUUCAUCACCUUCCACUACCGCGAGCUGUGCGCCCACCUGGAGCCCACCAUCGCCGUGCGGCACAAGGAGGAGCUGGCCGGAACCUUGGUCCACGUCUUGCAGAGCACCGGGAAAGCCAAGGCGUUCCUCAUUGACCUCGGCGUGGCCGAGCUGGACCGCUUCGACGACCGGGAGGCGCUGAUCUUCCGCGAGAACCGCUGGCCACCAAGGCCAUCGAUGAAUACAUGA